AAAAAUAUUGAAAAACUUGACGAAACAGGAUCAAUAAUUGUAGUUGUUGCUACCGAUGCACCUCUUUUACCACAUCAAUUAAAAAGACUUGCUCGUCGUGUACCAAUUGGAAUGGGAUUAGUUGGAGCACGAGGUGGAAAUGGUUCAGGUGAUAUUUUUGUUGCAUUCUCAACAGCUAAUCAUCAAGCAAUGGGAAAACAAACAGGAGUAGUACAAUUAGAAAUGUUACCUAAUGAACAAAUGACUCCUCUAUUCGACAGUGUCGCUCAAGCUACUGAAGAAGCUAUUUUAAAUGCAAUGAUAUCAGCAAAAACUAUGGAAGGAAUAUAUGGAAAUAAAGUUUAUGCUAUACCACAUGAACGAAUUCGUGAAAUUUUGAAAAAACACAAUAGAUUAACGGAUAAUUAA